CUUCACCUUUGCUGUGACAGCACAGAAUUUUGUCACUCGGAUUCUGAGCAACUUCAGUGACAACUGCCCGGAAAGGUUGCGCCAGUCCAGAUGGCAUGCAUCCUGUGUGUGGCAUCUCUCUUUUUCUCUCUGACUAAGCUCAGCACGGGCCAGAGGGAAGUAAAAAUUCAAGAAGGACCUCUGUACAGAGCCGAAGGUUACCCUGUCAGCAUCGGCUGCAACGUGAGUGGCUAUCAGGGACCUUCCACACAGGAUUUCCAGUGGUCUGUUUACCUGCCAACUGCUCCGACCAAGGAAGUCCAGAUCAUCAGUACGAAGGAUGAGGGCUUCUCCUACGCAGUGUACGGCCCAAGGGUGCGAAGCAAGGAGAUCUAUGUGGAAAGGCUGCAGGGCGACUCGGUCCUGCUGCGCUUCUCAAAGGUCCAGAUGAGGGACACUGGCGAGUACGAGUGUCACACACCCAACACGGAUGCGAAGUACUUGGGAAGUUACAGCGCGAAGACAAAUCUAACUGUUAUUCCUGACACCCUGACUGCCACCAUGCCCUCCCAGACGCUCAGUAAGAAGGAAGGCGAGUCCUUGGAACUCACCUGUGAGGCAACCAGAGCCACAGCUCAACACACCCACCUGUCUCUCGCCUGGUACCUGAUGGAGGAAGGAGGAGGGAGCCAAGCCACUGAGAUCAUCUCUCUCUCCAAGGAUUUUAUAUUGACCCCUGGGCCCUCCUAUGCAGAUAGGUUCGCGGCCGGUGAUGUGCGCCUGGACAAGCUUGGAGCCACUUUAUUCAAGCUGUCCCUGGGCAGGCUCCAACCCUCAGAUCAAGGCCAGGUGUUCUGUGAGGCCACAGAAUGGAUCCAGGAUCCAGACGAAACGUGGACUUUGAUCACAAGGAAGCAGACAGAUCAAACAGCACUGAGGAUCCAGCCAGCUGCAAGAGAUUUUGAAGUGAGCGUCACAGCCAGUAGCUCACCAGAUGAAGGAAAACCCUUGGAACUGGUUUGCCUGGUCACUGGUGGAGACGGUGACCCACAGCUUCAGAGCAUUUGGUUCCUCAACGGGAAGGAAAUUGCCCAGAUUGAUGCCAGUGGCGUCCUGCAUCUGAAGAGAGACUACAGAGACAGAGCAAGCCGAGGACAGCUGCAGGUUUCAAAGUUAAGCGCCCAGACUUUCUCUCUUAAGAUCUUCUCCGUGGGUCCAGAGGACUUAGGCGCCUACAGUUGCCAAGUGUCAGAGGUGGUGAGGACUCAGGCCGGCUCCUGGCAGGUACUUCAGAGAAAGCAGUCACUAGGCAACCAGGUGCAGCUGAAGGAGCCAGCAGCAAGAAGUGUGGCCGUGUCUGCCGAGCAGUGUGACGUGUGGGAAGGAGAGGCUCUUACCCUUCUCUGCAAGGCAGCUGGGGAUGCAGGUCCCCUGACUGUGAGCUGGUGGCUCAUCCCACAGGACCAAACCACACCUGUGUUCGUGGCUGCCAUGGGGCAAGAUGGUACUGUGCAGCUGGGAGCCUCUUCUCUGGGCUCCAGUUACCAUAGCAACAGGAGAUUGGAGAAAGUGGAUUGGGCCACCUUUCGGCUGGAGAUCGCCUCUGCCAUGGUCACAGACAGUGGUACCUAUGAGUGCAGAGUGUCCGAGAGGCCCCAGUACCAGGACAAAGAUGUGCAGUGGACCCAGAAGAUACCAGUCACAGUAAAAUCUCUGAAAUCAAGUGUAGGAGUUAACCUGAUGAGCCGUCGGCCACAAGUGACAUUAGCCAGCACCGUCGAGCUGUUCUGCAUAGUGAGGGCCAACUACUCAGACCUCAAGCUGCCGUUCUCAGUGACAUGGCAGUUCCAACCAGCCAGCUCUGGAGCCUUUCAUCAGCUAAUCCGAAUCACCCACAAUGGCACAGUUGAAUGGGGCGAUGUCCUCUCCCAGUUCCACAGGAAGAUGAAGGUCUCACAGUCUUCCCUCCAUUCUCAACUCCAAAUCCAUGAUGCUGCUAUGGAGGAGACAGGGGUGUAUCAGUGCAAAGUGGAAGGUUAUGACAGAAAUGCCCUGUGCACAGGCAGCCCAGCCAGGGUAUCUGUCACCUCUAACCUAUUAAAGAUUACUGUCACCUUUCCAGAGAGAAAACUGAGAGUGAGCUCAAGCAGUCGGGUCCAAGAGCUCUCUGUCAGCUCCAGCACUCACAUAGAAUGUGCCAUCCUGUCCCGCUCUCCCGGAAACCUUUCGCUGUCCAUCACUUGGUACUUCUCUCCCGUGUCUGCAAACGCAUCCUCUUUGAAGAUCCUAGAAAUGGACCAAACCCAUGUUGUAAAAUACGGGGAUGACUUUCAAACCCCUCGGAGCAAGCAGAAAUUUCAUUCUGAGAAAGUUUCCCAAGACUUAUUUCUUCUGAGCAUCCUGAGCGUGGAAGACAGUGACCAGGGCCGCUAUCACUGUGCUGUGGAGGAAUGGCUCUGGUCUACCAAUGGCAUUUGGCAAAGGCUUGAAAGAAAGACUUCAGGGCUCACAGAACUGAAACUCAGGCCCACAGGAAGUCAGGUUCGUGUCUCCAGAGUGAGCUGGAUGGGAAACGCUACCGAGCACGGAGAGGUAGGCAUCAGCUGCAGCCUGGACGGCAGCUCAGGCAGCGCAGCCUCCCUGUACUCCGUGACGUGGUACCGGAGCGGAGGAAACGCUGCAAGUCGAAUGCUGGUGCACAUGCAGUACGACGGCUUGCUGGAGUACGGCCAAGAGGGGCGAAGCAGGCCCCUGCUCUGCUACCGAGCCUCUCCCACAGACUUCGUCCUGAAGCUGCAGCAGGUGGAGAUGGAGGAUGCUGGCGUGUACUGGUGCAAGGUGGCCGAGUGGCAGCAACAUGGCCACCCAGGCAAGUGGAUCAACCAAGCCUCAGAUGAGUCGCAACGGCUGGUGCUCAGGGUGCAGGCCGCAGAGCCCACGUUCUUGUCCCGGAUCUGCUCCUCUGAGCCCUUACUCCACUUCCUCGUUGUCUGCCCCUUCAUCGUGCUGUCGCUUCUGCUCAUCCCCCUCCUCUGCCUCUACUGGAAGGCCAGGAAGUUGUCACAGCUGAGCCUCAGUGCAAAGAAAGAAAAAGCUCUCUGGGUGGACAUGGAAAGCACCACUGGAGACUGGACCACACUUCGGAAGGAAGUAGGAGGGAACCUUGACGGCUGCUGAACACGAGGUGCCUGUGCUAGAGGAAGGAGUGUGGAGGGAUUGAUUGGAUUAGAUUGGACUGACCAGGGUGAAUGAAUUCUGCUCUAGGCCUUGGCCACCUUACCCAGGGACCAGAAGGCAUAUGUUGUUAGCCAGAUCCUGAUAAGUGUUUCCUUGGGUAGCACCCACCUUAGUAUGUUUGCGGCUUUCAGCAGUAGACAGCAUCCUUGCCCCAGCCUGCACAGACCUCGCCUCCUGGAGGUCCAACCCUCCUCUGGAAAGAGAGGAACAGCAGCUGGUGAGCCUUCCUUCCUUCCUUCCUCUCUCGGCUCUCUCCAACAUCAUCUAUUCCCUUGGAAACAUCAGCCUGGCCCAGUCACAAGGGAAACCAUUUUCCUCUAGAUAAGAAAUGUAGGAAAAACCUGAUGUCGGCAAAGCAAGGACUUGAGAGCAUGGACUUCCCAGUCAGGAUGCAACUUUUUUCUGGGCAGAAAUC